AUGGAGGAGUCGGAGCAGAAGAAAUUUUUACAACAGCACAAAGCAAGAUCAGAAACGUAUAGUAAAGCAGCUGCCAACAUGAAAAAAUACAGGAAAAAAGGAAAUAAAGGUGGCGGAAAAACGGGAUUGGCCACGGAUAAAGAGCUUAAGAACAUGCAAAUUUUAGAAGAAGAAAAAUCAAAACUCGAUCGUUUUUGCGAACAAAGUUUAAAAAACGCUAUGACGCAAGAAAGAAGAAGAUACGGUUUCGUUUUGGAGAGGCAAUGUUCGUUGGCAAAACAUUAUUUAGCUUAUCACAAUGCUGGAGUUAGUUCUUAUGGAAGAAAUUUAGACGAAUGGCAAGAUGUCGCCAGAACGAGAGAAUAUUUACCCGAAUCCGUUGAAAAUAUGUUUGCACUCAAAUUAAGACAACUCAGCAUAUGGCAAGACGAUGAUAAUUUUUCAUCGGAAACAAUUUUGGACGAUGAUAGAAUUUCUAUAUCGUCACAAUUGAGAAAAACAAAAUCAAUGGACGCAUCUUGUCUCGACAUAAGAUCAAUUAACGACGUGAGUUCAUUAAAACCGUUGUCGAGAGCCAAAUCCGAAUUUAAUAUAAAUUCAUCGAAUAAUUCAUUGGUUCAAGUACUUUCCAAAAAGGUUUUUCCGUUGGAUUUAAAAAACGUUUUUAAGAGGAAAAUCUCGAAAAUAAUCUCGAAUAAUUAA